UGUGUGUGUGUGUGUGUGUGUGGGUGCGUGUGUUUUUCUCGCCAUUUCCCGACUGAUAACGCGCGCGUGCUGCGGUACGAUGUUUACGUGCGUUCCUUCUGGGAGGGCGGAAAAGGGGGUGUACGGUGCGUGAAAUUAUGUGACAAAAGCAAAACGCGUUUGCUUUGUGGGUAGCUAGCUUGGAUGUACAGAAUUGAUUAAAUUACAAUCGGAAAGGAAAUAAAAAGGCCGAUUGUGUGUCAGCACCUUUUUGGGUUUGGAAGAAAGAGAGCGAGAGAGCACGAGAGGUGUAGGGUGUGGGUUUCCAUGGCAAUAGUCUUCCGUCGCCUCAGUGCGUGCGUGUACAAGACGGUUCGCUUCCGGUUUUUGGGGAGGGUAUGGAAAUUUCGUGAACGUGUAUCCCUUUCUUCGUUAUUCCCGUGACGAAAUGACGCUCCCUUUGGGUGGGAGGGAGAAGACCGUCUAGAAUGUUCCGAAAAAAGGUGUGUUGUAAUGGUUGAGAGGGUUGAGCACAGGAAGGAGAUGCGGCAAUUGAACGAAGUAUAGGGGAAGGGAUGUGUUUCUAGGAGAGGAAGAAAUUAGGUUCAAACGGAAGGAUUCGCCGUUCAAUUUAAGGCCAUUUUUACGAGCGAGCACAAUUCUGGAGUGUUGAGUUUAAUGUGCCAACGGAAGACUUAAAGAUGCUUCCUGUUAAAAGACUAUGAACAAAGAGCAUAUUUGCUGUAGCAAAUGCGAUGCACCUCUUCCUUAGCACGCCAGAAAAGUGUCGUGGAAAAAGCAACACCACACCAAAAGUGUGCAAAAUGUGAAAAUUGAAAACAAGGUGGUGAAAUCUGAGUGGCAGCAGUAGUGUUGACAAGCCAGAUCGGGGAGAAGAAACGCCCGCAAAAGGAAAACGAAAAGAAAAGUGAAAAGUGUAGGAAAGUGAAACCAAUAUGCUGCUGCUCCCAAAUAUUUCAACGUCAACCAAUCGUACCCAAAACACGAGCCUACUGGUGGUGUGGUGAAGUCAGCACUGGGGGGGGCCGAAAUUUGUGGAGCGGUGUAAGAAAAAAUAGGAGUAAGAAGAAGAAAGGAAAUCAUCUCAACCGCGAGAAAAGUCGUUAAGAUUUGCUUGACACGACCAGCCACCAAAUGGAGGAGAAAUAGCAGCAGCAGGAUCGUUUGCGAUUGCAGUAGCUGUCGAUCGCGCCAGGUUCAAAGUGAGUGAGAGGUGCUCCGUUUGAUGGGUGAAAUGUGUGUGUGAGUGGUUCAAAUGUGUAAUCCCCCAAAACAACAAAUACAGAAAGGAAAGAGAGAGAGAGAGAAAAAAGCAGUUUGGUUACGGCAGACGCGCAUCUAACCUUGGCCAGCCCAGCCACCAGCGCCAGAGUGCUUUUGGGGCGAGUGUGUGAGUGAGUCAGUUAAGUGUGUAAAUAAAGGUCCGGGUUUCGAUGAUCGCGACUCGAAAGUAGUGAAAUCGGAAGAAAGAAAGUAAAGUGACGCAGCGACUGCAGCGACGUUUUCAGUUUGUGUCCCCCAUGGUUUGUGUGUGCGUGUGUGUAUGUACAUGUGUGUCUGUUGUGAAAUAUAUUUCUUUAAAGUGUGGAAAUAAAUGUUUCCUUAGUGUUAGAGAUACAUGCUAAUGGUAGCAGUGGAUGUGUACUACGUGUAAGAAAGCAGUAAAAUACGGAAACGAGUGAUUACAGUGCUAAAACAUACGAAAGCAAAUCGAGCUAGAGUGUGCAACAUAGAGUAAGAAAACAGAUAACCAUCGUGUUGUGUUCGCUUGGUAGCUGCAGUAGCAGUAGCAGCAGCAGUAAACCACCCCAACUCAAAAAGCAAUUCUUCAAGACUCUGUUUUAGCUGAAUAGUAUUUCCCAUAUUUCUUCGUGAGUACAUCGGUCACCAGAACACACCACUGCAGAUAAUAUUUCGUGAAUCUCAGCGAAUCUUCCUCCACACGACGGUGUCAUGUCCCGCGUAACGAUGAUCCCGAAGAGAUGUGCCGCAAAUAUAAACGCCUAUCGAAGCAGCACGUUGGUCAGCUUGCGGCUUGACCGUGUCCUCAAUCCGGGCUGCAUAUGAACGUCUCCAACGUUAUGAGACAACUUCUGUAGCGCAGCAGGGUGUACAGAACUACAGUCAAACCAGUCAAGGCCGAUAGUCUUAACGACGUGCAAUAGAAGAAAAGAGGAGAAACUUAAGCCCGUAGCUUCCAGAAUCAUUGUAAUACUAUUUAAUACACAAUCAAGCUCCAGACUCCUCGCGAGAAAGUUGGGGGGAAAAGCUGUACAGAGUAGCAAGGAAUGAAUCUCCGCCAAUUCUGUUACGAAUAAAGAAACUAAACGCAAAGAGUGCUUGUGCGAAAGUGUCCACAAAACUCUUAGAAUCUCUGCAAUCGAAUAGAGAUCGUACGGCUCGAUCGGAAGCAAACGACAUUGAAUCUCAACCGCUUCGUUGAGCGACAUCCAGCAAAACGCUUUAAAAAACAGUCCUUUCUCCUUCCUUACCCCUUCCCGGUUGGUCAUGUACCGUGUAAACAUUGUCAGCACAAAUCCGAGUGUGUCAGCGAGCAGCAGCAGCAGCAGCAGCAGCAGCAGCAGUGGAACGAGUGGAACGAGUGGCAGUGCGGGCAGCGUGAUCCUUCAGCAAGCGCCGCAAAUCCUCAGCAUCGCCGGCGGCAGCACGACGAUCCUGGCUGGACAAUCGGGAACGACGACGGCCCUGCCCAUCGGCACGAUAGUCAGCAUCCAGCAGCCGCACCAGCCCCAGCAGCAGCAGACGGCCCGGCAACAGACGGCCACUACACCCGCGACCGCGACGAUCAUCGGCUUGAGUGCCAGUACGCUCAGUGCACUGAAUGCGGCAACGGCGGUCGGUACGGCGGGUGGGGCCACGAUAGCGAGCGGUGGUGCGACGAUCACACCCGUGAUAGGUGGUGCCGGUGGAGCGACAGUCGUCGCCAACCAGCUGCUAAAGGUGGCCGGCGGCAACAACAACAGCAUCAGCAUCCUGAAGAUCGGUGAUGACAUCAUGCUGAAGGCGGUGAAAGUAGAACCCCUGCCCAGUGAUACGGGCGGUGGAGGGGGUGGUGGUGGUGGUGGCGGCGGUGGAGGAGUAGCGGCAACUCCUGCCGGAAGUAGUACGAGUGUCACUGCCAACACCGUUACCGUGACGACCAUUCCGCCCGCGAAUGGUGGCGGACCUGUUGUCUUUGGUGGCAAGCGGAGGCACGAAAGCAACGAAGAAUGGAUAUCCUCACCUAGUCCUGGAAGUGUGCAAGGAUCGGCACCGCCACUGAGCCCCUCGCCCGGCUCGCAAAGUCACACCUACACCAACACGAUGUCGAACGGCUACUCGUCACCGUUGUCCAGCGGCAGCUACGAUCCGUACAGUCCAAAUGGCAAAAUGGGCCGUGAAGAUUUGUCCCCGUCGAGCAGUCUGAACGGCUACACCGGCGAUGGCAGCGAGGCGAAAAAGCAGAAGAAAGGCCCAACGCCGCGGCAGCAGGAGGAGCUCUGCCUCGUGUGCGGUGACCGGGCGAGCGGCUACCACUACAACGCACUUACCUGCGAAGGCUGCAAAGGUUUCUUCCGGCGCAGCGUCACCAAGAACGCGGUCUACUGCUGCAAGUUUGGGCACGCGUGCGAGAUGGACAUGUACAUGCGGCGCAAAUGCCAGGAGUGCCGGUUGAAGAAGUGUCUCGCGGUCGGCAUGCGGCCGGAGUGCGUCGUGCCGGAGAAUCAGUGCGCCAUCAAGCGGAAGGAGAAGAAGGCGCAGAAGGAGAAGGACAAGGUGCCGCCGAACCCGUCGACCACCACCGUGAGUACAACGAACAGCAGCAGCUACAAGUCGGAGCUGCUGCCGGUGCUGAUGAAGUGUGAAUCACCGCCCACCGCCGCGAUACCGCUACUGCCGGAGAAGCUGUUGAACGAAAACCGACAAAGAAACAUACCUCUGCUGACGGCGAACCAGAUGGCCGUCAUCUACAAACUGAUCUGGUACCAGGAUGGCUACGAGCAACCGUCGGAGGAAGAUCUCAAGAGGAUAAUGAUUAACUCACCCAACGAGGAGGAAGAUCCCCACGAAAUCCACUUCCGGCACAUAACGGAAAUCACCAUCCUCACAGUACAACUAAUCGUCGAGUUCGCGAAGGGACUGCCAGCAUUUACCAAGAUCCCGCAGGAGGAUCAGAUAACGUUACUAAAGGCCUGCUCCAGUGAGGUGAUGAUGUUGCGAAUGGCCCGCCGGUACGACGCCGAAACCGACUCCAUCCUCUUUGCCAACAACCGAUCGUACACGCGCGACUCGUACAAGAUGGCGGGCAUGGCGGACACGAUCGAGGACCUGCUGCACUUCUGCCGGCAGAUGUACACGCUCACGGUGGACAACGUCGAGUACGCGCUGCUGACCGCGAUCGUCAUCUUCUCCGACCGGCCAGGGCUCGAGAAGGCCGAGCUGGUGGAAACGAUCCAGAGCUACUACAUCGACACGCUGCGCGUCUACAUCCUGAACCGGCACGGGGGCGACCCGAAGUGUAGCGUCACGUUCGCGAAGCUGCUGUCGAUCCUGACCGAGCUGCGGACGCUCGGCAACCAGAACUCGGAGAUGUGCUUCUCGCUCAAGCUGAAGAACCGUAAGCUGCCCCGCUUCCUGGAGGAGAUAUGGGACGUGCAGGACAUACCGCCGGUUGGGCUGGCUCGGCACCAAGAGCUGGUCGCACAGCAGCAGCAACAGCAGCAGCAGCAGCAGCAGCAGCAGCAGCAGCAGCAACACCAACAGUCGGACAAUCCGAACACUUCCUCAAUGGCAUCCACCUCGUCGACCAUCGUCGUCACGCCGAUGCAGCAAUCCAGUCAGCUUCAGCUGCAGCAGCAACAGCAGCAACAGAUGCACAGUAACGGAGUCGUACCCACACUGCCGGUCGGCGGCGGUACUAGCGUGGUCGGAGGAGUAGUCGGCAACAGUAUCACCACGAACGGCGGCGGUGCGGUAAACGGCAGCAGCAGCAGUAACACGGGCGUCAGCAGUAAUAGCAGCAGCAGCAGCAGCAGCAGCAGUAGUAGUAGUAACGCGAGCAGUAACGGCAACACCAACGGGCUGCUCUCCACCGUCGGCAUGCUCGAUCACCACGUCGUAUAGCUAGCGUAGGGCACGGUGCCCCCGGUGGUCGGCGCCGUCACCGCCCCGGACGUACUGUUCGACAGUCACGUGCAUCCGCUGGCCGCGCUGAUCGGUGCUGCCGGCGGCGGUGACGACGGCGACCACGCGGCCACCGGAAGCGUCUUCCCGGACGACGACAUUCUAUUUAUCGUAGAGAGUUAAUUUAUUUGUUUUCUUUUUCUUUUUUGACCCACAACAACUCCUCUUUGGUGGGUUUUUUUGCCUCUCCUGAGUGUGUGUGUGCAAGUGUUGCGAAAACGACACUGGAAAAAGAGUCAGUAGUGGUGCACAAAUCAUCCACCGAGUUUUGGAUUGAUGUUUUUUUUAACACACAUACACAGACAUACACACACCCAAAGUUAGAGGUGUGUGUGUGUGUGUGUGUUUUGGCAGAUUUUAACAAUAUUUCAUUCCUCACCUAAUUAUACAGCUAGAGUCUUUUUUUUUUGUACAGUAAACUGUAACGUGAAGUGAAAACCCGGAAGUAAUGAAUUGUUUUACGUUUAAGGCAGUUAGUUUGUUAGAGGAUCGCGCGUUUUUUUUUUCUCUCUUCUGUUGUACAUCUUCCAGCAUUGUUACGUUAGGAGGAGAGGGAACGAGAGGGACAAUCCCAUCCCCAAACCGGGAUUGUUUGCAAUUAGGGAGUUUUGCAUUGUAGAUAAUUGAGUGAAGUGUUUAAUUGAAUAUUGAGCAAGGAAGCUUUCCCCCCUCUCCUUGGACCGCCGCUGCGUUGUGUGCGCGUAAAUCUGUGUUGUGAAUGAUGAAAGAGCUACUAUUAGCCUACGAUAGUAAGUGGCAGGAUUAGGAUCGUUUUUUUUAUUGUAAGGUAGGGAAGCACCAGCACCAGUGUGCAGCAUUUCCGGUUUACCCAUCGGAUGCGGGGGUAAUUGGUAAGAGUGUGCACAAACGAUGUGUGUGCGGUGUAUUUAAGCGGUAGGGAUGUUUAACGAUACUGAAAUAAGCUAAAGGGGAACACACUAGCAAACUACUAUUACUACUACUACGACUACUACUACUACUACUGCUACUACUAUUACUGUGGAAAAGCUGCGAAAGAAGGUGCAACGAGACGUGCUGCACCCAUUUGCACCCCCGACAAUCCAACUUAAGAACACCGUCGCACACACACACACACACUUCCUCCGCGUGGAAGAACUCCUUUCAACAUUUAAAUAUACUGCCACAGCUACAUUGCGCUGCUGUAGUAGUAGUAGUAGUAGUAGUAGUAGUGUAAUGCCACCAUUCCUACUACUACUACUAUUACUACCACUACCAUUUUACUUUGUCAAAUGGCUGCUACCCUUAAAACACUGCGAGAAGGAGAGCUAAUGUGAAAAGAAAUGCAACCGAAGCACCCGCCGGAGAAAGGGAAACCCAAAAUUCCACCUCCUUUUUGACGGCCCAAUAGAGCCUCCUACUGCCAAUAGAGAAAUACCGUACAGUAGCAUACAGAAAAAGGAGAAACGGCACGCCACAACAAGGUUCACAUUGAUUGAGGUGAUCCCUCCCUCCCCUACGGGGGGUGUAUGUGUUGUAAAGGUGGAUGCGCCCCACGCUAGUAACACCGCGCGCGCGGUACGUGUGUGUGUCUGUAGAAGGUUAAGAUAUGGACAGGUGUGUUGCGGUGUGCGGUUCGGAAACACCUUCUUUCGUAUCGUUUGGCUGUGACUUGUUAAUAAUUUUUAAGAGAAGCAUAUAUUAUUAUUAUUAUUAUUAUUACUAUUACGAUCAACAAUAUUACUAUUAGCGUGGACACAGCACUCGCACGCACACCGUUCUCUUGGCUUUAGAUGGCGAGAAAUGGCGUAUGUGUGUGUGUGUGUGUGAGUGUCUGUGGCGCAAGCACUCUAGCCCUUGCGCAAGAGAAAAACAGAAAAGAAAAAAGGAUAUAUGUAGGGGAAGCUAUUGUGUGAACCAGGAAUACAGUGUUUACAGAAGCAAAUCGCUCCACUUUCCUUCCCCCCCCCCCCCCCCCCCUCACAGAAAGAUAGAGUUAAUAAGCUAGCGGAGCUAAGUUACUUUCGGAAACAAAACCUCUCCACACACGCGCGCGUGUGGUUUAUAAAAGCAAAACCAGAAAAAAACGCAACAGCGGGAAGAUGAAGUUGGGGAUUUGCUCGCACUAAUGGCGGUGGUUGUUUUCCGAUAUUUGGAACGAAUUUCAGUGUGGUUCAGCAGUAGUAGUAGUAGUAGUACUCUCUGUGCCGUAGCAGCUGUGUGAGAUGAUCCCGCGACCACUUCUUCUUCCGCGCGUUGUUUUGUGUGGUUUAGCAGAAGAAAAAACACACAGUUUCACUAAAAAGGGAAAAAGGGGACGAAUCGACCGGAUCGAAACACACUGGGAGGCCAGCCACACUGCGGUGUCCUUCUUUUCCCCCAAAAACUCUCUCGCUCUAUCUCUCUAUAAUAGCACACGCAGACGAUCGUGUAAGUGUGAGUUUAAAAUGUUUUAAGCAAAACCCUCAAAUUUAAAGGCGCACCUUGAAAUGCCAGUUCUUACAAAUCGCAAAUGUGGUGUUUGCUGCUGCCUGCUAUCUUCACGACGGCGCUUGAUUGAUUGAUUGGCGAGUGGAAAAGGAAGUGCGGGGUUUGCGGGAAAAGAGAGUGAGAAACGUUUAUAAUGUAGCAAAAUGGCAAAAAGAAUUGUAGUUUGAAUGCAUAGUUUUGUUGCUUGUGUAACACAAUUUAGUAUGGAAUUUAGAGAACAUAAAACGAUGUGCAUUUAAGUUUUACACACUCUCCUCCCCCUAGGCUCAAAAUCCAGGUUUUUGGGGGAAACCUCCUGAAUCCAGAAAGGCUUCUUUAUUUGUCGUUGCAAAACGCACUCGCGCACACACACACACGAACAAUCGGUUGUUACUUUAAACAUAUCCUGUAAUGCGUAAUGUGUUUCCGUAAGCCUUUAUUCAGUCUCUUUCCUUGUGUCGCGCGACCACUCUUCUGUGCGUGUGUGUGCGUGUGUAUGCAUUAGAACCCAUUCUGUUUUAGUCGAAAAAGCAAACAAUUAAAUCAAUUAUUAGUCAAAAGUCGUUGUAAAUCGUUUUAUAGCCAAAUGCGGCCAACUGUAACAAAGAAAGAUUCUCUCUCCUCCCAACCUUGUUCUGGCCUUGUUAAAUUACCUCGUUUCCAUCCCUGGUAUUAAUUUUAUAGCAAAAUUUUAAGCUUAUUCCAUUUAAUCACAACACACACACACCCUCCACAAUACCACACCCGUCCGUUCCUACAAAGCAAAAACGACCAUAAACGUUUGCGGUUGUCAAUUAAUUGCAAGCUGCUAAUGCGCGUGUGUUUUACACUUUUCCAGUUUGUUUCUAAUAAAGUGAAAUGGAGGGGAAAAAAGCUUUUUAAAAAAUAGAAAACAGAAAUGACAAAAGCAGCAAAACAAGAGGGAACAACAAGAAUUAGUUUUUGAUCGUUGUUGUGCUAAUUUAAUUUCGCUUCCCCAGCUACUGCACUUUGCUUUACAAAAAGGAGGAGAAAAUAAGACAUGCAAAUGAGAAAACGAAGAAAUCGUGUAUGUGUGGUGUGAGAAGGGAGAGACAGAAAGUGUAGAAAGAGUGUAUGUUUUUCUUUCUGUUUGUGUUCGGAAACGGAGGUGCCUUUUGACAAAACAAACAAACAAAACAAAACAAAACAAAUAAUCACAAACAAAUGUCGCAAACAGUGCAGGAAAUCUAAAAAAAGAAAAUAAAAGAAAAGUUAAAACACACACCAUUAAACAAGCAGAAUAGAAUGUACGGAGUAAAGCAGCUUCAUUCAUACAAUCUUCAAACUUCAUUACAAACAGUAAAAUAGAACAGAAAAAGGAAGACAAGCAAAACAUUAAACAAAAACAACAACAGUAAAGAUGUAAUUUGCGUAGCAAAAGAUGAUAACUCGAGAAGAAAACAACGCAAAAAGCGAAAAGCAAACAUGUAGAGAACACAAAACAAACAACA